UCGCUUCCGCCACCAGUGGUCACCAGUUGCCGCUCACCAUGCUCACCUGGCUGCUGCUGCUUGUCUGCGCGCUGGCCCGACCUCGGGUCGUCAGCGCACAGGACAGCCUGUACCCCGGCGGCUGUCGCAUCGUCGGCGACGACGAUCAGGGCGUCAACGUCACGUGCACGUGCGGCCAGUCGGUGCAGCAGAAGGUGGAUUCGAGCCUCAUUAACCACCUGACGAUCCUCGGUUGCACCGACAACGAUCAGCUCACCUCUGACGUGAUCACCGUCUCCUUCGCAUUGCUGGAAAGGAUGCCGGCCGACAGCGACUUCGUGCUGGUGCGCGUGCGCUCCGUCAACAUAUCGGGAGUGCAGCUGGAGCUGUCGCCGGCGCCGGUCAGUAGGCUGCCGACCGGCCACCCGCUGGAGCGGCUGCACGUGGAGUACUCGAGGAUGCCCAGGGGCCUGCGAAGCAGCGCGCUGAGGACCCUGCCGCGCCUCAGCCACGUGUCCCUGCUCGGCGUGUCGGCGACGACGUUCUACUCGGCCGCGCUGUAUGACCUGCCGAGCCUGCGCUGGCUGACCAUCGCCGACUGCGAGAUCGGCUUCAUCCGGGUUAAUGCCGUGUCGCGCACGCCUCAGCUGCGCCACCUACGGAUCGUCAGAUCGCAGAUGCACACCGUGCAGGGCGGCGCCAUCGUGGUGGACGCCGACGAGGAGGGCAUGGACAGCAGCUGCGAUGCGCUGCCGCUCGACAGUCACGCCGUCGCCUCGUUUGUCUUUGCCAACAACUCCGUCACGACAAUCGCGCUGAACGCCAUUCGCGUCGGUCCGGUACAGCGCUUCGUGGCAUCCGGCAACAACCUCCGAGAGCUCUACCCGGGCGCCUUCAACAUCACCCUGCGCGCCGCCUGCGCCAACCAGCUGCAGUUCACCGAUAACCAGCUGGAGGAUGUACGCAGCGAGGCGCUCUUCGUCAACAACGAGGCCGACGAGCCCGCCUUGAUCACGUUGGGCGGCAACGUGGGGACCAUCGCGCCCCUGUCGCCAAGCUUCCUGGGGCUGCGCGGUCCGUUCGAGCCCAGUGCAGACGGUGGCGAGGUGCCCGACGUGUACGAAUGCAGCUGUUGCGACUGCCAGGCCACCCAGGAACUGGUGGCAUUGGCGCUCGACGACGCGUCGGACCCGCUGUUGCGCAGCCUGUUCAGCGACGCUCUGCGCUCUGCCGAGUGCCUGGGCGAUAAGGGGUCGUUCCUGGCGUUCGCCGACGGCUGCGCCCCGGAGAGAGGGCUCGGAAGGAAGCUCGGACUGUGUCACAGCUUGCCGCUAGGUGGCCGGAGGCAGGACGACCUCCGUGUGCGGGCUGAGUACAGUGUCAAGCGCCUGGGCACGGCCGUAGAGCAUGCUGUCUAG